AUGCUUGUUGUUGACGGGGGUGUCUUGGCGAUCAAUCCUGGAGAUGAACCUCGCAGUCAGAUGUUUAUUUGGAGCAACAUAUUUUUCUCGCUUGGCUUUGACGUCAGGGAGCACUAUGGUAAUUUCGGAGGUGAUGCGGCAGCUUUCGUGGCUCCUCUUCUCGACCUGAAGGGGGUUCAAGUUUACAACCAAGCAGAUGUCAAAGGUCUCCACACCCUGGGUACUGUGAUUGUCGACUACAAGGGCUUCCGCGUUACCGCUCAGUCGAUCAUUCCAGGAAUCUUGGAGCGCGAACAAGAGCAGUCUGUUGUAUACGGCUCGAUUGACUUCGGAAAGACAAUCGUUUCUCAUGAAGAUUAUGAUGGUCUUUUGGAACAAGUAGCGAAGACCACAAAACAGCAGAUCCACAAGGCGAAGAACUCUGACGGCAAAGAAAUAACCAUGUACACCAGUGUGGAGACGAAAGGAAUUCAAGGCAACGACAAGCGUAAUUACGUUCUUGACUUGCUCCGGACGAUGCCACCAGACGUCAACUUUUUGGGAGACGCGCUAACUAAGGAAGAUAUUUCUCUUUUCCCCGAAAAUCUUAAGGAGCUUCAUCUCCCACGAACACACACGCAUAAACUCGCUGCUCAUAGACAUGAACUUGUCGAGGCGUUCUGUGAGAACAGAUACCUUCAGUAUUGGAAGCUUGCGAUGAAGAACUUUGCUGAAGCAAAGAAGGAACUUGACGCGAUGCAAGAGUUAGGCGAGGAGGAGAAAAAAGUAAAACUAAUGGCUAAAAACACCCAGUCUAUCAAAGAAGCUGCCAGUGCCGUCGGAUCAAUUUCCACCGAUGAGCUCGACAUAAGAUUUAAUCCUGACAUUUUCUCGCCCACCGUAAACGUCAUCGCCGAUGACGCUGAAAUUCGACGUCAAAAGCAGUUAGUUGUAGAUGUCGCUGCCUUCUUGGUCAAUGAGCAGAUUCCAGCCUUCAUUCGUGAAUGCAAAGAAGGACAGGACUCUUGCCUUGAUUGUGUGUCAAUGGUCGAAAAUUUGCAUUCGAAGGGUAUCGGCGUUCGAUACCUCGGAGUUAUUCAAAAAGCCCUUCUCGCGGAAGAAGAUGCGAACCUCGAGCACGUGAUCAACACUGUUAACGCGGAGAUGAUUUCUCGUGCCAUUAAGUGGAUCUUCCGAAGCUAUCUUCAAAAGACCGACCAGUCUGUCACCGGACAGGCUGUUGCGCAUCUUCUCAACUGCUUAUUCGCUUCCUGCACCGUCCAAAUACCUCAGAUCUUUGAUGACAUAAACGGAAAUCCCGAAAAGUCAAACAAGAAAAAGAAGAAAGGAAAGAAGCCCGCUGCAAAGCAGAAUGAAUCCUCUACCUCCAUCGGAUGGCAGCGACUUACGAACGAAUGGAUGAGAGUCACCCCCGAAGGAAUUUGGCGAGACGUUGAGAAGCGCGCUCGCUCCUACUUCCACGUUAGCAUUGAUUGCAAGUCGAUCGACCAAAUCUGCAGCAGUUACAAGAUUCAAAAAGCAUCGCUCUUGCGGGAUGUCUGCUUGAAGAACGGAAUUCAGAUUCAUCUUCGUAACUACGACCUUGCGAGUAAAACGAAGCAGCCCUUUACAGACGAGGAUAUCAUGUCUAUGUUUCCGAUCGUGAAACAUUUGAACCCGAAGGCAGCUGAUGGAAAUGCUCUCUUCCAAAAAGGUCAGCAGUGCAUUUCCAAGGGAUACAUGAAGGACGGUCAAAUCAUGAUCCAAGAAGCUCUCGGACUUUUCACUUCUGUCUAUGGAAAUGUCCACGCUGAUGUGAUCUCGAGUUACAGACUGUUGGCUCGCUUGGACUACAUUCAGGGCAACCAUACCGAAGCUAUUGAAAAGCAGCACAAGGCGUGCUUGCUAUCCGAGCGAUGUCACGGACUGGACUCUCCUUCCACCAUUCAAGAGUACAUUACACUUGCCCACUACUGCUUCGCUACCAACCAAGUACCUGCCUCACUGAAACUUCUUUACCGCGCUCGCUACCUCUUGAAACUCAUUCACGGCGAAGGCCAUCCCGAAAUGGCAACCAUCGACACGAAUAUCGGCUUGGUACUUUAUUGGGCCGCGCAGUUCGAUGCCGCCGAGGGCUUCUUUAAAAACGCCCUCAGUAUCUACGAAAUACACCAGCCACAAAAUGUUGUGAAGCAAGCUUUGGGUCAUCAUCUGAUUGCGCGUGUCCUUAGUUUCAAGAGCAACUAUCGGGAAGCGAUCUCGCACGAGAAAGAGGCAUGCAAGACAUACAGGACUAUUCUUGGCGACGAGCACGAGAAGACCAAGGAAUCGACGGAAUUUUUGAAGCAUUUAACGCAGCAGGCCGUGUCACUUCAGAAGACCAUGAAUGCGAUGAAAAACAAGGAAAAUGUCAAAGCCAAUUUGCCCUCUCCCGCGGUACCUCCGCAGCACCGAAAGGUGUUAGAGACAAUGAACGUUGCAAAUGGGAUCUUUUUCGCUGUUUCGUCAAAGCAGCGGGAACAGAUCAAAAGAAUCGAGAAGGCUGAAAUGGAAAGAGAAAUGAAAAUGAUUGCCAAAGAAGCUGGCGCCUCGGACGACCAAGUCCAACAGGCGAUGAGGAUCGCGAAGGGGGUCCUACCCUCUCAAGGGGACCAGAUCGAAGAAGAACAGCUCGACUAA